UGAUCCAUUUCCCCUUUUCUAACUUCUGAACCAGGAAAGAUGGCAGAUCGCAAAGACUUGGCAUCGGCAAUUGCUGCAUCUGAAGAUGCAGCAUCAUCUCCAUCCCCAUCUCCAUCCUCAUCCCCAUCUCCAACCCCAACCCCGACUCUUACUCCGACUCCAACUCCAACUCCAACUGCAGCUGCAACCUCGGCCCCAGCCCCAACCAACACCCUCGACUGCCCCGUCAAGCAGAUCCAGAUCGAAGGGCUGGUUGUGCUGAAGAUCAUUAAGCACUAUCAGGAGGAAGGGCAGGGUAAUGAAGUGGUCCAGGGAGUGCUGCUAGGACUGGUGGUGGAAGACAGGCUUGAGAUCACCAACUGUUUCCCUUUCCCUCAGCACACAGAGGAUGACGCUGACUUUGAUGAAGUUCAGUACCAGAUGGAGAUGAUGCGCAGCUUGCGCCACGUCAACAUUGACCACCUCCAUGUUGGUUGGUACCAAUCCACCUAUUAUGGUUCCUUUGUGAGCCGGGCUCUUCUCGACUCCCAGUUCAGUUACCAACAUGCAAUUGAGGAGUCUGUGGUCCUGGUUUACGAUCCCAUUAAGACAGCCCAGGGCUCCUUGUCACUGAAGGCAUACAGACUUACUCCAAAAUUAAUGGAGAUAUGUAAAGAGAAGGACUUCACACCUGAAGGACUCAAAAAAGCCAAUAUCGGCUUUGAGAACAUGUUCGAAGAAGUGCCGAUUGUCAUUAAGAAUUCUCACCUGAUCAACGUCUUGAUGUGGGAGAUGGAGCAGAAAUCUGCUGUGUCAGACAAACAGGAACUUCUCAGUCUGUCUAGCAGCAAUCACCUUGAAAAAAGCCUUCAACUGUUAAUGGAUAGGGUGGAUGAUAUGAGCCAGGACAUAGUUAAAUACAAUACCUUCAGCAGGAAUGUGAGCAAACAGCAGCAGCAGAAACACCAGUAUAUUCAGAGGCGUCAGCAGGAGAACACACAGAGGCAGACUCGAGGGGAGCCUCCGUUACCUGAGGAAGACAUCAGCAAGAUGUUCAAACCGCCCCAACCCCCUCCAAGAAUGGACACGCUCCUCAUUGCAGGGCAAAUCAACACCUACUGCCAGCACAUCAAGGAGUUCACCUCUCAGAACCUGGGUAAAAUGUUCAUGGCAGAGGCGCUCCAAGGUCACAAUGUUUGAAGAAGAGCUGAAUUGUGCUUGGGGAUAAUGGGUUGUGACAAGGGGACAGAAGAAAGACGUGGAAGAGCUUUUUUCUGAAAAAUGUUUUACAUGGAUGUGAUUAAAAAUGUUAAUUGGCUUAUAGAUGGCUUUAUAGCCCAAACUGCUUUGAAAAUUAAUAAAUGUGGGAUUUAACCAUGA